AUGAUCGGCAAACUAUUGAUCCCACGCGAUUCGCGCCAUUCCGGAGGCUGGGAAUAUCAUCUCAUCACCCUUCAGGCGGCAGAACAUGAAUGCGCACGAGUCGACUCAUGCGCAUUUGUCAAUAAUAAUCUGAUGAGCUCGAGGUUCUUCGUUCAAGAGGAGCAGACAUUCCCAGCCAGCCUCAAUAGCAUCCCCGCCAACGACCUCUUCGAUGGCUACAUGCUCCUGUGA